AACUGAGAGCCGUAGACGAGAAGUGGAGAAGAGAGACGAGGAAGGAGAGUGAAUGUGAGAAGAAAAUACAGGAGAAGAGAGCGGAGGCUGGAUCUGAAUUAACAUUAGCUGCAUUGUGUUCCUGUGUUGCAUACCUCCCCGUGUUCAGAGCAGGAAGCCAGAGGAAGAGAUGAGGAGCUGCUUUCUACAGGAACACUGAAAGGCUGCCUGCCUGCCUGCCUGCCUGCCUGCCUCUCGCUGCCUGCCUGCCUGCCUGGUCGUGCUGCUGGGGAACCCAUCCAUGUCCUUCCCUUUGUCUCUCCAUAAUUGGCCACGGCAGGUUUUCACAGCCAGAGAGGAGGAAGGCGACGUGGAGAUCUAAAAGGACAGGACAGAGGAGAGAGAAGAAAGGAAGGGUGAAGAGAAAAGAAGAGGAGGAAGGGAGGAGGGAGAGCCUUGUGACAAUGUUUUGAAGGGGAGACAAAGCAAAAAGGCAGUGACCGCACUCGGCCAGAGGUUCAGAGUGCUGGAUACGAUUUGGAGUGUAUUUCCUCAUCUUGUCAGUGACAUUGGUGUCUUCUUACCCACACGACUCCACGCUGCUUUCUUUGUCAUGCACUGGGAGGACACAAAGGAAAAGUUAGAUCUCUACCUCUGAUGCAUCUGCAGUUGUUUGGAAGUCUUAGUUGAGGUGGAUGUUUGUUUCGCAUCGGUGGGGGUCAAUCAUCACUGCGGACUGACGUAUCGAGCUCAGGUGAGCAGCUGCUUAUUUGGGUAAUAUCUUCUUGAGGAGCUGGGAGUCUCCAAUCAAGUGUCCUGACUCCAGACCACAAGGAUUUACCUCACUGCACAUCUGCACUGUCAACCAUCAGAGUCAACCUGAACCUUAAAGGCAGCGGACACAGAGGCCACGAUUCCUCAUUUCAAGUCCCAAGAAAGAAAUCACAGUUUACGUUAUUGGAGAGGUCACGACCCCAAAGAUUUCCUGGCACUGCCAUCCUCUGCACAAUUGAUGCAUCCUAUCCAAUGGUGUAACGGGUGUCUGUGUGACCUUGGAUUGCAGAACUCUGAUCCUUACUGCAAGAUGACAUCUGAAGAUCUCUUCCACCUGCCGCUCAACGUCUACAUCAUCAUCCUGGGCAUCGGCCUCUUCGUCCUCAUGCUCAGCCUCAUCUUCUGCUGCUACCUGUUCAGACUGAGGCGACAAGGUGCAAGAGAACAGUACGGCUACAAUGAGGUUGUUUUGAAAGGAGCAGGGAAGAAGCUGAGUCUUCUUGGUCAAACAUGUGCGGUGUGUUUAGAAGAGUUUCGCAGCAGGGAUGAACUUGGGGUGUGCCCGUGUUCCCAUGCUUUUCACAAGAAGUGUCUGCUAAAAUGGUUAGAGAUUCGCAGUGUGUGUCCCAUGUGCAACAAGCCCAUUUGUCGCCUACAGCCCAACCCCCCACAAGCACCUGAGCGGCCUCAGAGUCUCCUGGAGGUCUGAGAGAGCGACGUACGUCCAGCAGCCCGUCACGCUCUCCAGUCAAAUGACCUGUCAUUACACAGGAUCCUGUUCCACAUGAACAUCCACUGUCCAACUGACUGUAGUUUAAUAAUGCAAACAUUUUGAAGCAGAGCUGCUCUGGAAGUGGAAAUAAUUUAAAUAUGACAGCCAAAGAAUCAACCUGGCAAACUGUAUGUUGGCAAUCAUACCACUGAGACUGAGGCGGUAAUGAUAAUGACUUUCAUAAAACAGGACUAAGGCGAACUAUCGAGACUAGAUAUUGGAAUUUUCAAUACACAGCCUAAAAUGAUUAAGCUAAUGCGCAAGUGCCUUAAAGCUGCAUGUCCCCUAAAGGCCACUGAAAACAAAUUCAGCCAGUGUUAUCAAGAUAAGUUGUCAACCAGCCAAUUCUAUUUGAUCUGCGUGUAUUGGUGACAAUAUUCAAAUUAGUUUCACUGGGAGGACAAAGGCUUAAAGAGAGAUAGGUUAGCUCACCUGAUGGGUUCUGUCAUUUCGUUUCACUGUUUUGACUUCAUAAAGGACAAAAAACAAUCACAGUAAAA